GGAAUGACUGGCUAGUCAUUUGGGAUUAUAGGGGGGCAUUGUGGUCUGUAUAGGUGUGGGCAGCAUGGAAGCCAAUAUCUCAGUUCCUCCAUAUGAAUCUGAAGGCAUGCUCCAUGAGUCUGCUGCACAAGCUGUUCUGCAGAUACUCCCAUUGGUGCUGCUCUCAGCUACGUUUGUCAUCGGUGCUCUGGGCAAUGGGCUGGUGAUCUGGGUGGCUGGAUUCCGCAUGGCACACACAGUCACCACCAUCUGUUACCUGAACCUGGCUCUUGCUGACUUCUCCUUCACUGCCACCCUGCCCUUUCUCAUUGUCUCCAUGGCCAUGAGAGGACUUUGGCCUUUUGGAUGGUUUCUGUGCAAGUUUGUUUACAUUGUGGCAGAAGCAAAUCUUUAUGGAAGUGUCUUUCUAAUUGGUCACAUUGCUCUGGAUCGUUGUAUUUGUGUCUUGCAUCCAGUGUGGGCCCAGAAACACCGCACUGUUGGUCUGUCCAAGAAAGUCAUUGCUGGAAUCUGGAUGUUUACCCUCGUCCUUAGUUUACCAAUUUUCAUCUUCUUGAACACAGUAAGCAAUCAAAAAGGGAACGUAUACUGUAACUUCAACUUUGCAUCUUGGGGUGCAACUGUUGAAGAGAAGAAGAAGUUGUCCACCACUGUGAAGACAACUAGAGGGAUCAUCCGGUUCCUUAUUGGAUUCAGCCUGCCCAUGUCCAUGGUCACCAUCUGCUAUGGACUCAUUGCUGCCAAGAUUCAUAGAAAAGGCAUGAUGAAUUCCAGCCGCCCGUUUCGGGUCCUCACUGCUGUUGUGACUUUCUUCUUCAUCUGUUGGUUCCCCUUUCAACUUGUUGGCCUUCUCAGAACUGUCUGGGUGAAAGAAAGUUCUAAGUACAAAAUGCUUGAUGUCCUAAUUGACCCAACAAUGUCCUUGGCCUUCUUCAAUAGCUGUGUCAACCCAAUACUGUAUGUUUUUGUGGGCCGGGACUUCCGAGAGAGCCUGAUGCAAUCUCUUCCUGCCAGUCUGGAAAGGGCUCUUAGGGAAGACCUAACAAACACCAGUAACUCAGCUACUGGCUCUGAUGAACCUGCUGAAGUGGUUGAAUUAAUGCCAGCAUAAGGCUUUGUCCCUAGUCCAACCUUGAUCCCACUUCUGGGUUUGUCUCCCCUGGUUCUUUUCCAAUGA